UCGAUCCUCUCACUCUCUCAGUCUCACUCUGACUCUGAUCAAUGGCAGAAAAAUCGAAAAACACUCUACUCUUCUCCUCUUCCAUUUUUCUCCUCAUCUCUUUUUCUUUCGCUGUUUCUGACCCUGUACAGCUGCAAACCCUAUUGCCCCGCCCUCUUCCUUCUCCGCCCACUUUAUCAUGGACAGACUCCGAGCCCGAAUCCGAUUCACUCACGGAAAUUGCCGAACUCAACACUGUUAGUUCCAAUACCACUCUGGAAAUGCACUUAGAAUUGCACCACUUAGAUUCUUUUUAUUCCGAAGAGAUACCGGAGCGACUUUUCGACCUUCGACUGCAGCGCGAUGCGCUCCGCGCUGAAACGAUCUACUCCCUGGUUUCGAUUGCCGUUGCGCGUGACCCUCCACGCGCGGGAAGCCGUUCUGGGUUCAGUAGCUCCAUUGUAUCCGGACUUGCUCAAGGUAGUGGAGAGUACUUCACGCGCCUAGGGGUUGGUACUCCGCCGAGGUAUCUUUAUAUGGUGCUCGACACCGGUAGCGACGUCGUUUGGGUUCAGUGUUCGCCUUGCAAGAAUUGCUACUCUCAGACUGACCCGAUUUUCGAUCCGACUAAAUCACGCUCUUUCUCUGGUAUUCCCUGCGGGUCGUCGCUUUGCCGUAGCUUAGAUUCAUCUGGAUGUAACCAGCGCCGGAUGUGUCUUUACCAAGUAUCUUACGGCGACGGCUCGGUUACUUUCGGCGAUUUCUCCACCGAAACGCUGUCGUUUAGAGGAACCAGAGUGGGAAGCGUGGCGCUCGGUUGUGGUCACGACAACGAGGGCUUGUUCGUCGGCGCAGCAGGUUUGUUAGGCCUUGGUCGGGGGAGAUUAUCAUUUCCUACCCAAACCGGACGCAGGUUCAACCGGAAGUUCUCUUACUGUUUGGUCGACCGUUCCGCUUCUUCUAAACCCUCUUCCAUGAUUUUCGGUGACGUUGCCAUUCCCCGAACCGCCGUGUUUACGCCUCUGCUAAGGAACCCAAAGCUCGACACGUUCUACUACGUGGAACUGCUUGGGAUCAGUGUUGGCGGGACACGUGUCCGCGGCGUCACGCCUUCUCUGUUCAAAAUGGAUCAAGCUGGCAACGGAGGAGUCAUUAUCGACUCCGGCACGUCUGUCACCCGCUUGACCCGACCCGCUUACAUCUCAACGAGGGAUGCGUUCCGUAUUGGGGCUUCGAAAUUGAAGCGGGCACCCGAUUUCUCGUUGUUCGAUACAUGCUUCGACUUGUCGAGGCAGACUACCGUUAAGGUACCAACGGUAGUGCUGCAUUUUAGAGGAGCCAUGGUGUCAUUGCCGGCGACGAAUUAUAUGAUUCCGGUGGAUAGAAGCGGGACCUUUUGCUUUGCUUUCGCGGGUACCAUGAGCGGUUUGUCCAUAAUUGGAAACAUACAGCAGCAGGGUUUCCGGGUCGCAUUCGAUUUAGCGGGUAACCGAAUCGGGUUUGCUCCCCGUGGAUGCGCUUAAACAGGGGUAUGGUUAUUUUAAUCAGUUUUAACUAUGGUUAGGGAUAAAUCUGGUUGCUUGCCUCUAUUUUAAUGUAAGAAGAAACAAAACCUUGGAUGGAUUUGAAUGAGAGAGGAGAAGAGCGGGUAGCUUGUCGGAUGAAUCAGUGUUGUUUUUUUGCGGCCCUUUUAACGUUUGUGUUCAUUGCAAGUCGGUGACUGCAUUUUCCCGUGUUUUGGAUUUAACGCUGACGCUUUGCAAAAUACAAAUGUAAAGGAAGCAUCCAUUUCAAUGGAUCAAAGCUGGCAUUGUAGUAAGUUUGAGGGUGUCAUUCAUUAGAUUAAGGUGGGGCUAUCGUAUUUGAAAAAGGAUAUGCUGGUGAGGCUGUAGCCAGUAGUACAUUAGAAGUUUAAUAAGCGAGGUCCAAAACAAUCUCUAUGUAGGAGCUCAAGUAAACCAGGAGGAGGUGAAGACUCUUCAUAAAUAGCAAGGGUCCACUUAUUAUGGUA